AUGACAGCUAGUACUAGUACCACCAGUACUAGUACUACUUCAAUCUAUGUAACUUGAAUGCUUUUGUCACUUCGGAUACGUUACCUUCUCCCAAUAGUCCCAGAAAUUCUUCGAAACCCCUGGUACUUAUCUGCAUUUUGGACCAGAUAUUCCCGACGCAGUGCAGUGUUUUAUUUUCUCAGCAGGCUAUAUGGCGAUGAAAUACUAGUAGCACAUAUGUUAUAAAGGGUCCAAUAUUCCAAAGUCGUUAAAUCGAGAUCGGUAUAUAUAAGUGGUCUUGAGUGUAGUAACAUGCACUGGUCGCAUAUAAAUCCCUCAUAUCAUGACAUCAGUAAGCUUGACAGUAGUAUCCAAUCUUCAAACAGUGAAGUAUUUCAAGGUCGCCGGUGCAGCUCUACUGGUCUCAGAUUAUUGCUUAACUUUUGGGUGUGAUAUUCAAUUCGUUAGAUUCACGCCCUGGGCCUCGCCACGUAUAAUCUUCAUGUUUGCUCGCUACCUCCCUUUCAUCGCUGUAUCGGCGGAUCUUUACUUUUCUUUAGCACCCCACAUAGAUCUAGAUAUGUGUCUGCCACUUUACAAGACCAUUGCGUGGCUCAACAUACUGAGUAUACUUGCAGCUGAAGGUCUUCUUGUUCUUCGUACUUAUGUUUUAUGGGAACGUAACCGAAGGAUAUUCAUGAUACUUUUCGUACUUUACUCGAUCCUUUUUAUUUCGGGCUGUAUAACGCCUACAGUGGGCACACUCUCGUAUAGCUUCAUAUCGCCACCAUAUCCAUCUAUGACAGGUUGCUAUCAAGCAACGGCAAAUCGUUUGGAAGCUGUAGAGUUCGCAGGUCUGGCAAUAUUUGAGCUGUCUAUACUUGGUCUCAAUCUCUGUCGAAGGGAUUUCGUACGAUCCUUCAAGAGUCAACUGGCGCAUACCCUAUACCAGGACAAUAUAUUAUAUGUAAUCUCCUUAUUUAGUGAGUGGCCCCCGUUGCGCUUGUCAGGAUACUUAUGGACUCCAUUAAAGCCAUUUCUACGGCAAACAUUGUCAUAUGUGUUCUUCCGACGGAAUGGAACCAAUUACUGGACAUAUUACAAGGAGUCUUGCAUAGCAUACUUGCAUCGCGGAUUUGGUUCAAUUUGCUGGGAAAAGAUAGUACGAAUAUUACACUUCCUUAUGGAGGAACUAACGAAACACUGGCGUUUUCUACUAUAUCGUUUGCAUAGCAAUGACUCAAUGGUUGAGCCACUGUUAUCAACUUUAUGAAAAUGCCCAUUGUUGAAGUUGCUGUCU